UUCUUCUCUUCUUCUCUGUCACUUUCUCACUCAUUGCAUCUCUCUUUCGCUCUCUAUACGUAUAGGUUAUAUAUAUAUAUAUUGUGGAAAUUAAAAGAAGUUAAUUAGGGCAAAACAGAGAAAAAAAAAUUAAAAUUAAAAAGAUGAAUGACAGAGUGUACCCAUCGGCGAAGCAGGCGGCGAACGGCGGAGGCGCGGCGGAGAACGGAGGGGCAAAUUCGUCAUUUCCGGCGAACAAAGCUCAGCUAUAUAACGCAACGCGGCCGGCGUACCGCCCUCAGCCGCCGCCGCGGAGAAGAAGCCGCAAAGGAUGUUUCUGCGCGUGCUGUCUCUGGACGACCGUCGCGAUUCUGUGCUUAAUCUUCCUCGCCGCCGUCGCCGGAGUGGUGUUUUACAUCAUUUACCGACCUCACCGGCCGUCCUUCUCGGUGAACAGUCUCCGCCUCUCCAGAUUCAACCUCACCGACACAUCUGUAACCUCCAAUUUCAACAUCUCUGUAACCGCUCGAAACCCUAAUAAGAAGAUCUCCUUCUUCUACGAUCCGGUAACCGUCAGGAUACUCUCCGGAGACCUUGAAAUAGGCGACGGAGCUUUUCCGGCGUUCGCUCACGCCAGGAAAAACGUGACGACGCUGAGAGCGGUUGUUUCGAGUUCGAACUCUCCGAUUCCCGACGGGACCGACAUAUCCUCUGUGAAAUCGAGCCUGAAGAGCAAAAAUCUGCCGCUGAAAAUCGAACUGGAGACGAAGGUGAAGGCGAAAAUCGGCAAAAUCGAGACGAAGAAGUUGAAAGUGAGAGUGAUCUGCGACGGAAUCAAAAUCUCAGUCCCCGCCGGCAAGGCGGCGACGGCGACGGCGGCGGCGACGACGAACGUGAAGUGCAAAGUCGAUCCGCGAAUCAAAAUCAUCAAAUGGACAGUUUGAGAAUUCGAUCGAUUCUAUUCCAGGUGUGAUAAAUAUUUUUAUUUUUAUUUUUAUUUUUAUUUUUUUGGUAUCUAAUAUUUGGGAAAUGAACAUUUAAUUUUGUUGGCUUUGUUUGGUAUAUGAUUGUCAUUACUUUAGGAAAUGUUUAUUUUAUUUUAUUUUUAUUUUCAGUUGUGAAAUAUUUUAGCAUUUGUGACAUUUCAUAGAUUAAAAAUGGAAAUCUGAUUGGAAAUUGAA